CCCAAAAAAAAAUUUAAAUUAUUUAGUUAGUAUAAAAUAAAAAUAAUUUAAUUUGCUCCAGGCAAUUUAUUCAACAUAAUUCGUUUUGGGCGAUUCGCAUUUCGCUUAAAUCGCCGAAUUCGCUUUAAGUGACUUAUUUAACUUGCUUUGAUUUGACUGAUAUAUUUAAGUUACUUCGCUUUAAGCGAUUAAUUUGACUUAACUCGCUUUAAGCAAAUUUAACUAAAUUGGCUCUGACAAAAUCACUUUACCUAAUUCGCUUUGGAUAAAUUGUGACCUGCAAUGCGCUCUAAAGCGACUUAGUUAAUUAAAAUCGCUCUGGACAUCCAUUUUAUUUAUGGCUCUGACAGUCAUUUUAUUUAAUUCACUUUGGGUAAAUUAUUUCCUUUAAUUCACUCUAGGCGAUUUAUUUAACUUAACUCGCUUUAAGCAAAUUCAACUAAAUCGACUCUGACAAAAUCACUUUACCUAAUUCGCUUUGGAUAAAUUGUGACCUGCAAUGCGCUCUAAGCGACUUAGUUAAUUAAAAUGGCUCUGGACAUUUUAUUUAACUUAAUUCGCUUCAGAUGAGUGAGGAAAAAUAGUAAACGAGCAACAGCAGCAAUCGUGAAGUGCAGUCGUGAAGUGCAGUCGCAAUAAUUAAAUAAUUAUAUAAAAACUACUAACAAAUAAAAGUAAAGAUUGGACCAAAAAAGAAAUUUCAGAAAGUGGAACAAGAAAUUUUUAAUAGUUUCGUAUAAAUUAUAAAAAAAAAAUGUCAUCGCUUAGAUGGUUUCAUCCAACAAUAAGUGGCUUAGAAGCUGAGAAGUUAUUACAAGAGCAGGGUUUUGACGGUUCAUUUUUGGCUCGUCUUUCAUCAUCGAAUCCAGGAGCAUUUACAUUAUCAGUGCGUCGUGGUCAGGAGGUUACUCAUAUUAAAAUUCAAAAUAAUGGCGAUUUUUUUGAUCUUUAUGGAGGUGAAAAAUUUGCGACGCUUCCCGAAUUAGUUCACUAUUAUAUGGAAAAUGGAGAGUUAAAAGAAAAAAAUGGACAAGUGAUUGAAUUAAAACAACCUCUUAUUUGUGCGGAACCAACAACUGAAAGAUGGUUUCAUGGGAAUCUUUCAGGAAAAGAGGCUGAAAAAUUGAUAUUGGAACGUGGAAAGAAUGGUUCUUUUCUUGUACGUGAAUCUCAAAGUAAGCCCGGAGAUUUUGUGCUUUCGGUUCGUGCUGAUGAUAAAGUGACUCAUGUCAUAAUACGAUGGCAGGAUAAAAAAUAUGAUGUUGGAGGUGGAGAGCCUUUUUCUACUCUUUCUCAAUUGAUUGAACAUUACAAAAGAAAUCCUAUGGUGGAAACGUGUGGCACUGUUGUCCAUUUGCGACAACCGUUUAAUGCGACUCGGAUUACUGCUGCUGGUAUUAAUGCCAAAGUAAAACAGUUAAUUAAGGGUGGAUUCUGGGAAGAGUUUGAAUCAUUACAACAAGACAGUCGUGAUACGUUUUCGCGAAAUGAAGGUUAUAAAUUGGAAAAUCGAAAUAAAAAUCGUUACCGUAAUAUAUUACCAUAUGAUCACACACGUGUUAAACUAAUAGAUAUUGAUCGUAACAUUGCUGGUACCGAAUAUAUUAACGCUAAUUACAUUCGAUUAGCCACAUGUUCAAAUGGCGCUUUGUCAGGGUGUAAUAGUUCUGCCAAUGGUACAACGCGUGCAUCUAUAUAUAAUUCAAUAGAACGCGAAAUGUUCAAAACAUAUAUUGCUACACAAGGUUGCCUGUUCAGCACUAUUACUGAUUUCUGGAACAUGAUUUGGCAAGAAAAUACGCGAGUAAUUGUUAUGACAACUAAAGAAUUUGAGCGAGGAAAACCUAAAUGUGCCAAAUAUUGGCCUGAUGAAGGUCAAUGCAAGCAAUUUGGUCAUGCAAAAAUACAGUCUUUAUCUGAAAACUCAACUAAUGAUUACACAUUACGAGAAUUUCUUUUUUCGUGGCGCGAUAAACCUCAUCGUCGAAUUUUUCAUUAUCAUUUUCAAAUUUGGCCAGAUCACGGUGUACCAGGGGAUCCAGGUUGCGUAUUAAAUUUUUUACAUGAUGUUAAUACUAAGCAAAGCCAACUAAUGCAAGCAGAAGAAAAUUCGGGUCCUAUAUGUGUACAUUGUUCUGCUGGUAUUGGUCGUACAGGAACUUUCAUUGUAAUUGAUAUGAUUUUGGAUCAAAUUAAUAGAUACGGUUUGGACACAGAAAUCGAUAUUCAACGGACAAUCCAAAUGGUUCGAUCACAACGUUCCGGUUUAGUACAAACUGAAGCACAAUACAAAUUUGUGUAUUAUGCUGUGCAACAUUACGUACAAACACUUAUUGCCCGAAAACGUGCAGAAGAGCAAAGUUUGCAAGUUGGACGGGAAUAUACAAAUAUAGCCGAUAUAGCCGAUAUAUAUAAAUAGAAUAUAUCGUGAACAAUGCGAGUUUAUGAUGGGACUUUAAAAUUAACUAAAACUUGAUUUGAACUAUAAAUAUUUAUGUAGAAAAAACUGUGAUUAAUCAUAUAAAUACUGUACGUCCUAAAA